AUGGCUCAAAAUAAGGUUGCCUGUCUUCAGCAAAUGGCUCAUAUCAUGGAAACCACCAUAUUGGUUUCACUUCUUCAGCCAGCUCCUGACGUCUUCAAUCUCUUUGAUGAAAUAAUCUUAAUGGCAGAAGGGACGAUCAUUUACCAUGGCCCUCAUCACUGUGUUCUUGAGUUUUUCGAGAACUGUGGUUUCAGGUGCCCAGAAAGGAAGAGCCCAGCUGAUUUCCUCCAUGAGGUCAUCUCGAAGAAGGAUCAAGCACAGUUCUGGUGUCACUCAGGCCGGCAAUAUCAUUAUGUUCCAGUUGAGCGGUUUGCAGAAAGAUUCAAGGCAUUUUCUGCGGGACAGAAGUUAUCGGAGGAACUUUCACAGCCACAUUGUAUGCUCAAAGGUGCCAAGGAUGCUCUAUCCUUCAGUACAUACUCUCUGAGUAAACGAGAACUAUUCAAAGCUUGUUGUAGUCGAGAAUGGAUUCUUGUGAAAAGAAACCCAAUUGUAUAUGUUUUAAAAAUGAUGCAGCUUAUGUUCCUUGCAUUCGUCACGAUGACUGUAUUUAUGCGAACACAGAUGAGUGUUGAUCUGGUUCAUGCAAAUUACUACAUGGGUGCCCUUUGUUACACCCUUCUCUUGCUCAUGGUCAAUAAUAACCCGGAGUUGUACCUGACUCUUUCAAGGCUUGCAGUAUUCUACAAACAAAGAGAUUCAUACUUCUAUCCUGCAUGGGCAUUCUCACUCCCUUCAUCUGUACUCAAGAUCCCACAUUCUUUGGUUGCGUCUUUGUUUUGGACAUCGCUUACUUAUUAUGUAAUUGGUUAUAGUCCAGAAGCAGGCAGUUUAUAUUUCCAACUCUUAAUUGCAUUCUUAUUGUCUCACCUUUCUAGAUUCUUCUGCCAAUUCCUUCUAUUUUUCGCGGUCCAUCUAAUGUCUGCAUCAAUGCAACGUGCUGUAGCAGCGGUAUUUCGCACUUUUAUGGCUGCUACAACGGUGAUGUCCUUUUCUAUAUUGAUAAGCCUCUCAUUUGGAGGCUUCAUACUUCCACUGUCUUCUAUUCCGGCUUGGAUGACCUGGGGAUUUUGGGUUUUUCCACUGUCUUAUGCAGAGAUAGGUGUUACCGUCAAUGAAUUCCAUGCGCCGCGAUGGAGACUGAUUUCAUCGGCAAAUGUAAGUGUUGGGGAGCAAGUAAUGAGAAAAAGAGGUCUGCUGUAUGAAUCCUACUUCUACUGGAUAUCUUUGGGAGCUCUGUUCGGGUUCAUUGUAAUUUUGAACACUGUCUUCAUCUUGGCCUUGACAUUUCUGAAGUCUCCAAGUAGGUCAAGGGCUGUGAUAACCUUUGAAAAGCUUUCCCAAUUACAAGGAAAAGAUGAUUGUAAUUCGUCAGUUUUUCUGCCGAUCUCAAGCAUGGAACAAAAAAGAGGAAAAGUUACUUUACCUUUUGAGCCCCUGGCUUUGUCAUUUCAGGGUGUGCAGUAUUUUGUUGAUAUGCCCCGGAAAAUGAAAAGUCAAGGUAUGGCUCGGAAAAACAUCCAGCUUCUAAGAGAUGUCACAGGUGCAUUCAGGCCUCAUGUUCUUACAGCCUUAAUGGGUGUCAGUGGAGCAGGCAAGACAACACUUCUGGAUGUUCUCUCUGGAAGAAAAACUUUUGGUACUAUUCAAGGAGACAUUAGGAUAGGAGGGUAUCCCAAGGUGCAGGAAACAUUUGCUAGGAUAUCUGGUUACUGUGAGCAAAAUGACAUACAUUCCCCACAUAUUACCGUUGAAGAAUCUGUUAUACACUCAGCUUGGUUGCGUCUUGGGCCACAGAUCAAUGAAGAGACUAAGAUGGAAUUUGUAAAUGAGGUUUUGGAAACUAUUGAGCUUGAUGAAAUUAAAGACACUUUGGUUGGAAUUCCCGGUAUAAGUGGUCUCUCUAUAGAGCAGCGUAAAAGGCUGACAUUUGGGGUGGAGCUUGUCGCGAACCCAUCUAUUAUGUUUAUCGAUGAACCUACAUCAGGUCUAGAUGCAAGGACAGCUGCAAUUGUGAUGCGUGUGGUGAAAAAUGUAGUUCAAACAGGAAGGACAGUAGUUUGCACCAUCCACCAGCCAAGUAUUAACAUAUUUGAAUCAUUUGAUGAGUUGAUUCUAAUAAAAAAAGGUGGACAGGUUAUUUAUUCUGGUCAGAUAGGUCAGCAAUCAAAGAGUGUUAUUAGUUACUUUGAGGGGAUUCGAGGCAUACCAAAGAUCAAAGAUAACUACAACCCCGCAGCAUGGAUGUUAGAAGUUACUUCUACAUCUGUCGAGAGACAACAUGGCAUAGACUUUGCUCAAAUUUAUAAAGACUCGUCUCUCUAUCAGGACACCAAAAUGCUGGUUGAGCAAUUGAGCAUACCUCCUCCAGGCUCAAAGGAUUUACAUUUUUCCACUCGUUUUUCCAUGAAUAAAUGGGUCCAGUUCACAGCAUGCUUGACGAAACUUCACUUAUCAUAUUGGAGAAGUCCUCAGUACAACUUGAAGAGAAUCUCUUUUACCUUUGUCUCGUCAUUGUUCCUUGGCUUACUUUUCUGGAAACAUGGGAGCAAUAUAAACACAGAGCAGGACUUGUUCAACAUAGCAGGAUUCAUGUUUAGUGCAGUAACUUUCUUGGGCAUCAAUAACUGUCAAUCGGUUCAGGAUUUUGUGAUGAAGGAACGCCUUGUAUUGUAUAGGGAACGAUUUGUUGGAAUGUACUCGUCUCAUAUUUAUGCCCUUGCACAGAUAGCCAUUGAAAUUCCAUAUGUGUUUGUUCAAGCAGCCAUCCAUGCGAUUAUUGCAUAUUUUUUAAUUGGGUUUCAGUUUUCACAUAAUAAAUUCAUGUGGUACUUUGGCACCAUGUUCUUGACAAUACUUUACUACACCUAUCUGGGAAUGUUGAUUAUAUCCGGUAGUCCAAGUAUGCAGAUUGCCAUGGUACACUCAUCAACUAUCUUCACCGUGUCCAAUAUCUUUACGGGUUUCUUAAUACCAAGACCUCAAAUCCCAACAUGGUGGGUGUGGUGCUAUUGGAUCAGCCCAUCUGGCUGGGCUCUAAAUGCGCUCCUCACUUCUCAAUAUAGUGAUAUGGACAAGGAAAUAGAUGUCUUUGGGGAAAACAUACAGGGCAAUUCCUUUUUAAAAGACUUCUUUGGGUUUCACCACGAUGAAUUAGGUCACAUCGCCAUCAUCUUGGUUGGCCUGCCUCUCCUAGUUGCUUCUCUCUUUGUUGUUUGUAUUGCAAAAUUGAAUUUCCAGAAGAGGUAAAGCCAAUGGAACCUUUGCUUUUCUUUUCUUUAUAAAUAUGUUUUUAAGCUGUAGAAGAAUGGUUAUAGCUUCUUGAAUAAAUAUGAAUUAGUGACAAACCUUUCAGUGA